AUAUCCUCGGUGAAGAUCUCACCGGGAAAGAGAGAGCUCGUGUUUCCUUUUUCCGGUGUAGAUCGAUUGAUCGUGACAGUAAUGACGAUUGCGUAGUGAGCUAGAAAUUGCGUGAUGACGAUUUUGCCGAAGCAAUUUUCAGCGGCUUGCGACUGUUACAAGAGGCGGAAGGUGGUCGCGAAUUGUGAUGCGGCAUUGAUCAAUUUCGAGGAGCUGCCCGAGUACAUGAAGGAUAACGAAUUCAUCCGGAAUUAUUACAGAUGCGAAUGGCAGUUGAAAGAUGUUGCUCUCAGCAUUUUCUCUCUGCACAAUGAAUCCCUCAACAUUUGGACGCAUUUAGUCGGAUUUAUGAUGUUCUCAAAGAUGAUGAUAAUGAGUUUGAACGAAAAAACGAGCCUCGGAAAUGUUAUGGCGGUCUUCUUCGGGAGCGGAAGUGAUGGAUGGUUGUCAAUGAUAACUGAUUCCUACAUAGGAAAGGUAGCUGGAUUAGGAAGCUUGCAUACACAAGAAGAGCAUGCUACUUCAGUUCCUAUAUGGCCAUGGCUGAUUUUCUUGAGUGGAGCAAUGAUCUGCUUGAUUUUCAGCUCAGUUUCCCACCUCUUCGGCUGCCAUUCCCGGCGCUUCCACUACUUCUUCUGGCGGCUCGACUACACGGGCAUCUCCAUCAUGAUAGUCUGCUCCUUCUUCACCCCAAUCUUCUACAUCUUCGCAGACCAACCAUACUGGCGCUUCUUCUACCUCUCCACGGUCACCUUACUUGGCGCUGCUGUAGUUGUGACCCUGCUCGCCCCCUCGCUAGCGACUGGCCGCACCAGGUCUUUCAGGGCUACCCUCUUCCUCUGCAUGGGGUUCUCGGGUGUGGUCCCAGCCACCCACGCUGUGAUCCUCCACUGGGAUCAGCCGCAGAUACGCGUGUCCCUCAUGUACGAGGUCGUCAUGUGGCUCAUGUACGGAGCUGGAGCCCUUAUCUACAUCACUCGGGUUCCUGAGAGAUGGAAGCCCGGUGCGUUUGAUAUUGUUGGCCAUAGUCAUCAGAUCUUCCAUGUUUUUGUCGUCGCUGCUGCGCUUGCUCACUGCGCUGCCAGCCUCAUGAUCAUGGACUGGCGGCGCAGCUUGCCGCCCUGAGAUUCUUGCUUCUUCUCUGGUUUAGUUUUUCUACAUGUUAGAUAUAGGCAAAUGAGAAUGAUGAGCCACUCAGUGUAACAUUAGUCAAUUAAUGGCUCUUCAAAAGUAAAUAGAUAUUCAGCAGAAAAAGUCGCCUGUUAUUUAAGCUUACUCACAUAUAAACGUAUCUGAAAAAUGAGCAGAAUAGGAAUCUAUGUCCAUUUAUUACAGAGGAUUUAGUGUCACGUCAAAACUUGACUAUCACAAAACGGCACAAGUUAGCGCGUAUUGAACCGAUCAGCAGGUACAAAGCAGUUCCUGUCGAUUCCAACUGCGUAGUGAAGUAUUUGAGCUGUCGGCAAAUUGCUGCAUCAGUUCUUGAAGAUCAAAAAUCUCUGUUGCUUUGCCUGACUUGAUGACUUUUCACCAAACGAGCUAGAACAAUUCUGGUUUCAUACAGAACUUUCACCAAGAGGAAAGAAACAUUCCCCGAUUAAGAGACUUGCCUACAAAAAUAUAUACUCAGUGAACUCAGUAGCAUCUGCUUCUCCAUAUUUGUAUUCACCCCAAGAUUUGAUUGUCUUUCUUUCUACAUCCACCAAUGUCAGUGCUCUUACCAGCUGGAGGAAUGGCAUUAGGAGAAUCUGCAUCUGCGUCAGUACACUCUCCUCCAUGUUGACAAUCAUUAUUCUUUACUGUCUGUUCAGAAUGAGUUUUUUCAUCAAUAUUUUCAGUUGUUUCCAAGGGGAUUAUAGUUGAGUCUGUCGAUGAUUCAGGUACAUUCCCCUCUGCCAUGGCAUGAUGACUCACUUCUUCAUCAACUUCAGUAUUCUCUUCUGCGGGAGACUCUGUUGGAUCUUCUGAAGGUACUGGGAGUCCAUCUUGAGUUUCAGGCAUACCAUUUGGUAAUGGUGGGAAGCCAUCAUGUAACAUUCCCACUCCAUUUGGUGAUAUAGGAUACUCAUGUGAGGUAAAAGGAAUGCCAUUUUGUGUGGCAAUAUAACCAUUGGGAGCAACUGGAUAGCCACUUGUAACCCAUGAUUGGCCAGGUACAAAUUCAUUCGCGUGUGGAUUCAUUAUUCUUGGAGCGUUGAAAUGAUUUGGGUCCCCGUUGUUUUCAGCAAUCUGGAAAGCAGGCCUAUUCCGCGGGACACGGCUGCCAGAUCUGUUAUAGCCACCUGAGAGGCGUGGACCAUAUGGAACUCUAGCAGUAGCAGAUUGAUGCGGCGACCUACGGGCAGGGUUAACUGUAAGCACUGGUGCUAUAUUCACUGGAGGUGGCAAUAUUCCACCAUGCUCUGUAUAGCCAGGCAGUGUUAUAGAUCCAAAAACUGGAACCAUCGACGGAGUGUAUGGAGGAGCUGCAGCAGAUAGUUUCUUGGAUGUUUCCUUUCCAAUCUCUGUAUCGACUUGCUUUUCAGCUUCAGUGGGCGACAAAGCGCCACUUCCAUUAGCUUGGUUCCCUUCCUCAUCCGUCAGCAAACCUACACUUUCACUUUCCUUACACGAACUAGCCUUGUUUUCUUCCUCCAUCUUUUCCUUCAAACCAGAGGCAUCAUUCUCCACCAACUGAGUGGUAGUGUCCGUAGGGUCUGAUGGAGAUCCAAGAUCGGGCACAAAUUGAGUUUCUGAUGCUUC